AGGAAUCCCAAUCUCAUAUUACUUUUUUCUCGAUGAUAAACUUGGAGAAAGAAGCCAAAGAGAAGCAGAUCUUGAUUCGUGACGGAAAAAGAAAAAUCGUUCAUCACGUAAAUACAACGCUACUCGUGAAGAUUUAUGAAGCAUCCGCAAUCGAUGACAGACAUCUUUUUCUGAAACCUUACUAUGGCCCACCUAACUACUAUUUCAUCAAGGCAUGGUUAGACGACACCAAAGAAUACGGAACAUAUGUGGUAAAAGACUCUUUUAAGGUUAAUCAACCACCACUGAAGAUUCCUUUAAAUUUUCCUGCACAAUAUCUUUACGUAGAAUUGCUUAAAGGAAUGUCGUAUAGAGAUCCUGGAACAUCCAACAGAACUGUUGUGAUGGGUCGUGCAAAGAUUCGAUUGUCUCCUCUGAUGACCAGCUAUAAGGAGAGACCGAUCUCCGGUGGCAUCGAUCUCGUCGGUUUGAAUAGUGAUCAAUGUGUCGUGAAAAAGGGUUACCUAACAUAUGCUAUGAAACUUCAUAGGUCUGCGGAUUAA